AUGAGAUGCCCGAACAGCUUUUGCUCAAGUCGCCAUGGACCUGACCUGACUGGCAUCAGUGAUAGUAUUCUCACCGAGGACAGCUAUUUUUUCUUCGUCAUUGAUGACCCAGGAUUUGAAUACCCUAUUGUGCCUAGUUUUUUGGACUGGCGUUUCCCUCAUGACCACAUCCCAGAUGUCUGGUUAGCAGCUCAUACUCAUGUUGCUCCUCAGAAUGAUGCGGGUGUGGGCCAGUGCGGCAUUUCUGGCAUUUCGCUUUCUGUUGAUACCGCACAUCUUGUACCAAGAGAGGCAGAUGAGUGGUACGCAAUGAAUGCUAUAUACUUAUAUUCAGAUGCUUCACCCGGUGAUAUUAACAACCUGGCCAAUACUGUUCAGCUCGCGUCCCAUAUCCACAGGAGCUUCGAUGACCGACUCAUGGUAAUUGUACCAGAACUAUCCGAGGAAGGUUCAGAUAGUGGUCCAGUUUACCGCUUCGUUGCCCACAUUCUCCAGCCCCGCGGGGAAGAGUUUUGGUCAAACUAUCAUAAUAUCAUUGUUCAAUACCUCAACAGGUUCUCGGGACCCUAUCUCUUCGGACGAUUUGCCUGGGCCGUCCUUUUUCUUGCUAAGCCAUUCAUCUUACGUCGCGUGCCUCGCUCCGUCGUUCGCGUGAAGCGAUCACCUCAGGGAGAGGUGCUUGGAUACGAGGGGACAACUCUCACCGGAGCACAGUUGCAAUCUCUCUAUGGAUUUGGUGGAUCACGCAGCUCAAGAGGGAAGAGCUUAAAGACUCACAGCGUGGCAGAUGAUGCUUCUGAAUGCACCCAGGAUAUCGACAUCAACAUGAAUUAUGGCAGUAACUAUGGCGUAAUUGAUCUGAUUGAUGACUGGGAAGAAAGAGGAAGAAAGCAACUCGAGCUGGAACAUUUGGCUAAAGCUGAUAGAGCACGUUACCCGGAGACAGCGGCGGAAAUUUCUCUAGUUUCCAUUUAUCCAUACUCCUCAACAUACAAGACUAUCUUCGGAAUGGAGGUCAUCGUCACUGAUACCGACGGAAAGCUUAAAAAAUUGUUACUGGAUGUCAACACAGAAAACAUGCUUAAAUGGGUCAGAUGUCAUGAGGGGGAUGGAAAAGUUGUUAUUUAUCUUCCAGUGUUAAAUGUAGUGUACUUUUAA